CUAAGGCAUGAAAUGAAAUUCAGAUCUUUCAGGCAAUACCCAUUUGAAAUCUGACCCUGAAAUCGAGCUUUGAUGGCUAAAGUUUCGAUUUUGUUGGUGUUGGUGAUUGUGGGUCUGGUGAGCAUUGGAACUACUGAAGCGGCAAGGAAGCAUCCAUGGAGGAUCCACACCCUCUUCUCUGUGGAAUGUCAGAACUACUUCGAUUGGCAAACGGUGGGACUCAUGAACAGUUAUAGGAAGGCCAAGCAACCUGGACCAAUCACACGUCUCCUUAGUUGCACUGAUGAGGAGAAGAAGAAUUACAAAGGGAUGCAUUUGGCACCAACUUUUGAGGUGCCCUCAAUGAGCAGACACCCCAGAACUGGUGAUUGGUACCCUGCGAUAAACAAACCUGCUGGGGUCGUACACUGGCUCAAAAAUAGUAAGGAUGCAAAAAAUGUUGACUGGGUUGUCAUUCUGGAUGCAGACAUGAUAAUCCGAGGCCCAAUUGUACCUUGGGAACUCGGUGCAGAGAAAGGAAGACCUGUUGCAGCAUAUUAUGGGUACUUAAUAGGUUGUGACAAUAUUUUGGCUCAACUGCACACAAAACACCCAGAACUAUGUGACAAAGUUGGUGGGCUUUUGGCCUUUCAUAUAGAUGACCUGAAAGUUUUUGCCCCCUUGUGGCUUUCAAAAACAGAAGAAGUACGGGAAGAUAGGGCUCACUGGGGAACAAACAUAACUGGUGACAUCUAUGGGAAAGGAUGGAUCAGUGAGAUGUAUGGAUACUCUUUUGGUGCUGCGGAAAUUGGAUUUCGGCACAAGAUCAAUGAUAACUUGAUGAUCUACCCCGGUUAUGUUCCUCGAGAGGGUAUUGAGCCGAUUCUUCUUCACUAUGGGCUGCCAUUUAGUGUGGGGAAUUGGUCAUUCAAUAAACUGGCUCACCAUGAUGACGGAAUUGUUUAUGAAUGUGGUCGGCUAUUUCCAGAACCUCCUUUUCCCAGGGAGGUAAUACAGUUGGAACUUGAUCAUAAUCGAAGGCGAGGACUAUUUCUAAGUAUAGAGUGCAUAAACAUUAUAAAUGAAGGUCUUUUAUUGCAGCAUGCAGCAGAUGGUUGCCCUAAACCAGCAUGGUCCAAAUACUUGAGCUUUUUGAAAAGCAAAGCUUUUGCAGAACUAACUAAGCCAAAGUAUCCUACUCCUGCGACUUUAAAAAUGAUCGAGGAUACCAUAGAAGAACAUGUUGAUCAUGAUGCUGGAAAGCCAUAUCCCAAAAUCCAUACAGUUUUCUCAACAGAAUGCACCACGUACUUUGAUUGGCAGACUGUAGGCCUUAUGCACAGUUUCAGUACAAGUGGACAGCCUGGAAAUAUCACUAGACUUCUUAGCUGCUCUGAUGAGGGCUUAAGGCAGUAUAAAGGCCAUGACCUGGCUCCCACCCAUUAUGUCCCUUCCAUGAGUCAGCAUCCAUUAACAGGAGAUUGGUAUCCAGCAAUUAAUAAACCAGCUGCCGUCCUUCACUGGCUUAAUCAUGUAACUAUUGAUGCUGAAUUCAUAGUGAUUCUUGAUGCUGAUAUGAUUUUGAGAGGCCCAAUCACACCGUGGGAUUUCAAAGCUUCUCGAGGCCAUCCUGUUUCAACUCCCUAUGAAUACCUUAUUGGCUGUGACAAUGAGCUUGCAAAAUUACAUACUAGCCAUCCUGAGGCUUGCGACAAGGUUGGUGGUGUAAUCAUUAUGCAUAUAGAUGAUCUCCGGAAAUUCGCUUUGCUAUGGCUGCAUAAAACUGAGGAGGUUCGAGCUGAUAGAGCUCAUUAUGCAAGAAAUAUAACAGGAGACAUAUAUGAAUCUGGGUGGAUUAGUGAGAUGUAUGGUUACUCAUUUGGUGCAGCAGAGUUGAAAUUAAGGCAUACUAUAAGCAGUGAGAUACUGAUAUAUCCGGGAUAUAUUCCCGCACCGGGUGUCAAAUAUAGAGUUUUUCAUUAUGGAUUGAGAUUCAGUGUUGGGAAUUGGAGCUUUGACAAAGCAGAUUGGAGGGAGAUUGACAUGGUGAAUAGAUGUUGGGCCAAGUUCCCAGAUCCACCAGAUCCCUCAACACUUGAUCAAGCUAAUGCCGAUAAUUUACAGCGGGACUUGCUCAGCAUAGAAUGUGCAAAGACGCUGAAUGAUGCACUGAAUCUGCAUCACAAGAGAAGGUGCUCCAAUACUAAUUCCUUGUUGACAUCAAAAGGGGAGGAGGGAACUGAGGAGAGUGGAAUCUCAAGGGAAUUUGGCAAAGUUGAUGAAAGUACUAAUUCAAUGAACAAUCAUAUCUCAACAAAUCAUUCAGAAGAAUUGGUAACAAAUCAUUCAGAGGAAUUGGCAAGUGUUCAGAAAGAUGAGAUGCCUAGUUCUUUCAGGUUUUGGGUGAUAUUCUUGUGGGCAUUUUCUGGAAUAGGUUUCUUGGUUGUCAUUUUUGUGCUGUAUUCAGGUCAUAGAAGAAGAGGAUCAAGAACAAAGCACCAUAGUAGAAGGAGAAGAAGCUUGCAUUCAGGAGUCAUGGAAAUGAAUGGCCGCGACCGGUACAGCCGUGGUGGUGGUGUUGACAGACCUCUGUAAACAUUGUGCUCCUUUUCUUUCUCGUGGUGUAAAGCUGGUUGGUCAGAAUUUUAAGACUUCCAUGCAGGGAUAACAAAAUUAAAGGUUAAAAGGCAUGUUUCUUGAGUGAGCCUGUGUGACUUCAUUCCUGCAAAGCCAGCCUUUCUGACCCUUCAAGAGGCCUCCCAAUUGAGACUGUGUGUAUGGAUAUUAAUGAUUGAGAAAUUUGCAAAGAGAAAUCAAUCUUCCACUGCUUUAAAUUUGAGAUUGCUUGUAAUAUUUUAUACCCAGAAAUCAUAAUAUCUUAGCUAUGUAGAGCAAGAGAUUGAAACCAACUUGUAUUAUCCAGCAGAAUAGGUGAGUGAAAUACUGUGCACUUAUUUUUUUUUAAAUUUUUUUAGGCAUUUUUUGAGUGCUCUGAUGUAAUUUUUUUAAGAAUCAUAUCCCUCUCAAAUCUUAUUGUAAAGACUCACUUUGUAAUAAAAUGGGGUUAUGUAAUUUAUGAUA